UGCGACCCGCACUAAAUGCGAUUGCGCGCUUAUGAUAAAGAUAUACACAAAAACAGACAAGUGGUACUAAGUAACACAGGAGCAACUUCAAAGCCCCAGCGCCGGGUGUGCAGCAACGUGACCAGAAUCGGAGAGGGAGAAGGUCGGAUGAGCAGUGGAAGGGAGACUGCAGAUAGUGUAUGUUCAUAUUUCAAGCAAAAAUCUGUCAUCCUCACAUUUGGGCUGCUGGCAAUUUCGUAUAUACUGGUCAUCACCCUCUUCAUAAAUGUCCUAUCACGAAGUUCUGUAUCUGAAAUUAGAAAUUUGGCCAGCAACAGUGAUCUUCUCAGCCUGAACAGCAGCGUUGGCGAAUUGACUACAAAGGUGAAACAAAUGGAGCAAGAUUUGAAAAAGGCACCUUCCUGUGGCCCAAAUUGGGAACGAUUUGAAUGUAGUUGUUACUACUUUUCAUACAUCAAAUCUAACUGGAUGAAGGCCAGGGCCAUGUGUAUUGGUCGAGACAGCGACUUAACUGUAAUUACCAGUGAAGCAGAACAGAACUUUGUCAGCGCUAAAACAAAGAACAUACCCUUCUGGAUUGGGUUGAAUGACAUAAAGGAAGAGGGGAAGUGGGAAUGGCUUGAUGGAACAAACUACACAUCUUCAUACAAGGCCUGGAAGAAAGGUGAGCCCAAUGAUCAAGGCAAAGAAGACUGCGUCUACUUGUGGACCAAUGGGGAAUGGAAUGACAUGACCUGCUCCCAUGACAAAUACUUUGCUAUUUGUGAGAAAAAACUCUUCUGAGCAGAUGCUCAACACAUGGUUACUUUAUGCAAACAGGGAUAAUGUGGAUUGUAAACCUGUAAUUUCUACUCACUUGGAUUCAGGAACAGUUACGUAAUCAUAUCAGUAGGAAAUUAUUUUCUACAAGCCAGGAACUCUGACUUAUUUAAUAUCUGAUAACUGCUCAGCAAAACUCGUAUUUUAUUUAUGAUUCGCUCACCCCAAUUGUGCCACACCCCUGUACUUACCUUUUGGGUGCUAAACAUUGUAAAACUGUCAGAACAUUUUUCUGUUGUGUCUGCUAAUCUAUAUGCUUUCCAUAUCUCCAUGGUGAAAUAAGGAAUGAAUGUUGUAGAUAUGAGAGAAGAAAAGUCACGUGUGUACUGAGACAUCUGGGAUACAUGGAAGCCUAUACUGUAUACAUCCACCAGGAAUGCAUAACAUCAGGAAGAGAUUUAUAGUAGAAACUAUACCAGAGAUCUUGAACAAAUGGUUUAACAGAUAAACUGCAGUAAGUCUUUCUAGUUUAAGUCUGCGUGUCUGCGGUAGGGAAACUAAAUUGCAAUUUGCAUUGGGAAUGAUUUACCUGAAUAAAGCUCUAUGAUCGCA